AUGGGUAAACUACUAGCCGAUCAGAUUUCAGAUUUGGCUAAUAAGCCUGCUGUUGAAGAUUACGAUGUGGAGGACGUCUUUGAACACAAUGACGAUGAUUCGAAUGACGAAUCUGCUAGCGAUGACGAACAGCUGGAGAAGGCCCACUAUGCCCCUGUUGAGAAGUCAAAAUUGAGAAAAGAUGGAAUUGAACUAGGUGAAAAAUACCAGGGUGCUAAAGGUUCCAGAGAGAGUGCAUUUGGUCAAGAUGAAGAUGAAGAUGAAGACGAAGAUGAAGGUGGUAGUGACGAAGAUGAAGGUGGUAGUGACGAAGAUGAAAAUGAAAUGAGUGAUAUACACGGAAGUGAAAGUGAUGCAAUGUCGUUUAAAACAGAUUCAGAGGAUGGAGAAGAUCAAGAAUCUCAAGAGGAAGAUUCUCCAGAGGAGGAAUCUCAGGAAGGUGAAGAGUCGCAAGACGAGGGCGAAGACGAACAACGUAAACGUUUAGCAGCCUUAGUACAGGCCGAAAGGAGGAAAGCUGUUAAUAACCUUUCAGAAAGUACCAAACGUGAUGCAUCCAAGGGGUUAGCCAUCUUGGAACAAUCCAAGCUGUUCGACAAUAUUAUAGAAGUUAGAAUGAAAUUGCACAAAGCGGUAACAGAUGUUAACAGAUUGCCAAUAACUCAAGAUUCAUGGGAGAAAAGUGGUUCAUCUAGUACUGAGAAGUUGUUGAAGCAUACCGCUAAAAUGUUAAACAAAGUUAUGGGGGAAAUUGUGGAUUUUAGAAAAGAUUUCCAAAGCAAAGAUCAAAUUUCAGAUGAUUUAUCAACAGAGACCCCAAAUAAACGCAAGAGGAAUUUUGAAGACUUGACCAAAGAAACUGAAGAAUUGGAUAAUCAAUUACGACCCUACAGAUCAACCGUUUUGCACAAAUGGUCCAGUAAAAUUUCUGCAGCUUCAGGUGGAUCUGCAUUGAACAGCUCUAAAUUCAAAGCUAUUAAUCAACCUGCGAACGUACAAGUGGAAAACCAAUUAGCAGAUCUGCCGAGAUUGGUCAAACGUACUCGUUUGAGUAGAAAGGGUGUACAACCAAUUCGUUUUGAACAAGAUCGUAGUGAAGGUAAGUUGAGUGAUGGCUUGAAUACUGAACAAUUAGCAGAAGGUGAAGAAGAUGCGGAGGAACCGGAUAUCCCCAAGAAUUACGACCCAAGAAGGAAAACUGCCAUUGACAUACAGGAAAAUGCAUACAUCUUUGAUGAUGAAGAUUUCUACAGAAUUCUAUUGAAUGAUCUGGUGGAUAAAAAGAUUAACAAUGCUAGAGUUCAAGGUACUGGUGCCCAGAUCGCCAUAACAACUCGUUCCAACAAACUCAAGAAGGAUGUGGAUACGAAGGCUUCGAAAGGUCGUAAACUCAACUACGCAGUUCAAGAUCCUAUUGCUCAUUACGAAGCUCCAAAGAAAUUUAUAAAUCAAUGGUCUGAUGAGCAAAUUGACGAAUUUUUUGCAGGUCUACUGGGUCAAAAGGUUAACUUUGAUGAGAACGCAGAUGCUCAAGCUCAACCAGAAGAAGAUGAAGCCAUUAAGAACGACGAUAUUCAAAUCUUCGGUUGA